AAGGUUAAGGGCGGCAUCGCGAGCCGCUACACGACGCGCAACCAGGCGCUCAACCGCCUGCAGCUCAAGCUCGCGGACUUUCGACGCCUGUGCAUCCUCAAGGGCAUCCACCCCAGGGAGCCCAAGAAGAAGUUCAAGGGCCAGCACAAGACCUACUACCACGUCAAGGACAUCAACUUCCUCGCGCACGAGCCCCUCCUCGAGAAAUUCCGCGACCUCCGCUCGUACGAGCGCAAGAUCAAGCGCGCCAGGGCGAAGAAGGCGUACCACGCCGUGGACCGUCUGGAGGAGAAGAAGCCCAAGUACGGCCUGGACCACCUCGUGAAGGAGCGGUAUCCGACCUUUCUCGACGCCCUCCGCGACCUCGACGACCCGCUCACUUUGGCUCACCUCUUCGCCGUGCUCCCCGCGGACAAGAGGCACGGGAUCCCGGCCGAGGUGCUGCUGGAGUCUCGCAAGCUCUCGCUCGAGUUUCAGUCGUACGUCACCAAGAUGCACGCGCUGCGCAAGGUGUUCAUAUCCGUCAAAGGGAUCUACUACCAGGCGGUGGUGCACGGCCAGGAGAUCACCUGGCUCACCCCGCACGCGCUCGCGCAGACGUUGCCCGAGGACGUGGACUACAGGGUCAUGCUCACGUUUUUGGACUUUUACACGUCGAUGCUCGGCUUUGUCAACUACAAGCUCUACUUUGACCAAGGCUUGAGGUACCCGCCGGUCCUGGACACGCGACUCGAGGACGCCGCGGGUGGGAUCGUCGCCAGCGCGCAGGCGAAGCUCACCGAGUCCAGGCUGGCGACGCUGAGCGAUAAACUCGCGCAGAUCGGCGACGGGGAGGUGGACGAGGAGGCCGAGGCCGAGGCUGCGCUGCGCGCCGAACGCAGCGACGGCGAGGACGGCGAUGACGUCGAGGAGGAGGACGAGCUCGAGCGCGCCAUCAGUCUCUCCGCCGGCGGAGAUCCGACGGCGAGGGAGGACGCCAAGCUCUGCGCCACGCUCUUCAAGGGGAUGGUCUGUUUCAUCCAGCGCGAGUGCCCGAGGGACAUGAUGGUGUUCAUCAUCCGAUCGUUCGGCGGCGAGGUGUGCUGGGAGGGUGAGGGCAGCCCGUACGACGAGUCCGACGGCGGCGUGACCCACCACGUGUGCGACAGGCCGAUGGAGGGGAAGAUGCUCGCUCAGCGCGAGUACGUCGUACCGCAGUGGGUGUGCGACUGCGCCAACUGGAGGAUCCUCAUCCCCUGCGCCGACUACAGGCCCGGGAUCGUGCCCCCGCCCCACCUCUCCCCGUUCGUCAGCAAGGACGACGAGGGUUACACCCCCGACUACCAGGCCACGCUGGAGAAGCUCCAGAUGCAGGCGAAA